UCAAUUUUUUUCAAUUUCACUGUAGUAUCGCGAGAAAACCGGGAGGAAGCGCGUGAGUUAACUUGUGUAACUUACCGGAAGUGAUACGGCUCAACCGUCCUUCAUUCUGAAGGCAAUGGCGGGACUGUUAAAGAAAAAGCUCAAAGAAGCUGUGAAGGUCAUCAGCUCGGGAAGCUUUCUGUUUGCUUCUUACCUCACCGUGGUUGGAGAUGAGCAUUUCUAUGCGAACCAGCUGAUGCCUCUGCUGCAGAGCAUCGUGGGACCAGAAACGGCUCACGUGUUAUCAGUGAAGAUGCUAGGAAUGGGUCUUGUUCCUCUGAACAGGUUCCAGGACCCUGCAUCAUUGGAAGUGGAUGUUUUUGGACUGAAGUUCAAAAAUCCCAUUGGGAUUGCAGCUGGCUUUGACAAGCACGGGGAGGCUGUAGAUGGCUUGUACAAGUUGGGUUUUGGCUUUGUUGAAGUGGGAACAAUAACUCCAAAACCUCAGGAGGGAAACCCCAAACCACGUGUGUUUCGGCUGCCUGCAGAUCACGCCGUUAUUAACAGAUAUGGGUUCAACAGUUGUGGUUUGGCCGAAGUUCAGAUGAGGCUGAAGGCCAGAGAAGCAAAGCAGCAAGAACACAGUAAAACUGGCCUUCCCUUGGGCAUCAACCUGGGGAAGAACAAGCUUUCCCAGGAUGCAUCAGCAGAUUACUUGGAGGGAGUGAGAGCGCUGGGGCCUCUGGCCGACUACCUGGUUGUCAACGUCAGUAGUCCCAAUACGCCAGGUCUCAGAAACCUUCAGGGGAAGGCUGAACUCCGUCAGCUGCUACGCCUGGUGCUGAAGGAGCGCGAUGCACUGCAGGAAAAACACAAACCUCCGGUCCUGGUGAAAAUCGCUCCUGACCUGACUGACCAGGACAAACGAGACAUUGCAGAUGUUGUCACUGAGCUGGGAGUGGAUGGCCUAAUGGUGACUAACACCACUGUUUCCAGGCCAGAAACACUUCAGGACCCACAUAAGUCUGAGGCUGGUGGACUAAGUGGUCAGCCUCUCAAAGACCUCGCUACUAAGACCGUCAGAGAAAUGUACCGCCUCACCCAAGGUAAAGUCCCGAUUAUUGGAAUCGGAGGAGUCUCUUCAGGACAGGAUGCUAUGGAGAAGAUCCGUGCAGGCGCUUCACUGGUUCAGCUCUACACAGCUUUGACCUAUCAGGGUCCGCCUGUAGUGACGAAGAUAAAGAGGGAACUGGAACAACUUUUGAAAGAUCAAGGCUUCAGCUGCGUGUCAGAGGCCGUCGGAGCAGAUCACAAGAAGUCAGACACCUGAUGAAGCUUCUAGUCUCCUGCUACAAAACCCACAUACUGUCAGCUCCUACUUAGCUGUGUGACUUUCUGGGCAGUUAAAGGUGGCAGGUGAGUUUCUCACCUAAGUAAAUAAAGGAAAAAUUUAAAUAGAAAUCAUAAUUUUCAGUGAAUGACCGUCCUAAAGAAAGUUGUAACUUUUUCAUGUAUUUAAAGUAUUUGGAAGCUGAAACGUGAUUCCAGCUCUUUACCUUUUGUUACCAUGUAACAGCUGUUAGUGUUUCUAAAGCGCAUAAUGACAUCAAUGUGCUUAAACUCAUGCUUACAAGCAUAUACAGUUUAUAUUUUUGUGUGUAAAAAUGUUGAUAAAAAUGUAAAAAAAAAUAAUGCAAUUAAAAAAAACGUACAUCUGGUCA